CGAUCCAGGCGGUUCUUCUUUCCCGCCGCCGCCGCCCAGCGCCACCUGGCAUCUCCAGGGCGACCGGGCCGGCAACAAGAUGGCGGACGAAAAAGACUCCGGAGAAGCAGGAUUGCUAGAACUUCAAAAAAAGAUCAAAGAUGCUUUUGAGGUUUUUGACCAUGAGUCCAAUGACACUGUGGAUGUCAGAGAAAUUGGCACAAUUAUUAGAUCAUUGGGUUGCUGCCCUAGUGAAGGAGAACUACAUGAUUUGAUUGCAGAGGUAGAAGAAGAAGAACCCACUGGAUAUAUUCGUUUAGAAACAUUUCUUCCAAUGAUGGUUAAAGUGCUCAAGGAAAGAAGAUACAGACCAAUUCCAGAAGACGUUCUUCUUCAAGCAUUUGAGGUGUUAGAUAUAGCCAAAGAGGGAUUUCUUACUAAAGAAGAUCUGGUCAAGUAUAUGACUGAAGAAGGUGAGCCUUUUACACAGGAGGAAAUGGAAGAAAUGUUGUCUGCUGCACUUGAUCCAGAGACAAACACAAUUCAAUACAGAGACUAUUUAGCAAUGAUGGUGAUAGAUGAAAAUUAAAAGAAAGACAGUGAAGAAGAACUGAUUUGGCACAAGCCAAGCUCUUCCUCCAGCUCUAUGAGUGGCACAGAAGCCUAUGACUUCAGAUCAGUUAGUGUGGAAUGACAGUAUUCACAGAGAGAGCAUGGUGGGUGCAGGGCAUUGCAGCAUCCCAAUGAGGUGCAAAAGCCAAAGACUCACUUACUAGAUUUCCUUUUAAUAAAGAAAAAUCUCCAUCUUUGACAAAAAUCAGUAAUGUUUCAAUGUUUUCUUGAUUCCAAGUCUUUUUAGGGCUUAAGUUUGGCUAGUGAUAUCAGAUGGUAGAAACAGGAUCAGAACAGUCAUCUUGCUUAAUUCCUCUUAUCAUUGGGAAUGCUGUUUGUAAGAUCUAGUGGGCCACCAUUAAAGGAAAAAACCCAUCUA